GCCCAACUUCUUCAAUUCAUUUCUGUUGGAAAGGGAAAUGAAAUAGGAGAUUCAAUUUCUCAAUUUCUUCAUCAAAUUACUCAUAAAUCACCCAAAAUCCUGCUAACCAGCAUCAGGGUUUCUGCAAUGUCGCUGAUUCUCAGAAGAAUUGCUGCUCGAUUCGGUACUGUUCCUCACUCAAUCUCUCUCUGCUGUUCAAAUUCCCGCUACGAAUGUAGGAAGCCCUUUUCUUCUAUGCUCAGAAUUGAUUUCAGCUCUAUAAACGACAUCCAAUUUGCCAAUUUCUUGUUCCGUGAAAUGUCUCGGAUCAGACCACAGCCUUCUAUUUCUGUAUACAACAAAUUGUUGACUACCGUUGUUGUCAAUAUGGAGCACCACUCCGUUGCCCUCUCAAUGUUCGACGAAAUGCGUCAAUCAGGUCUCCCUGUGAAUGAGUACACAUUCAGCAUCAUUAUGCAUUGCUAUUGCCUUUUAAAUCGGGUGGAUUUGGGGUUUUCUAUAUUGGGCAGCUUCUUCAAGCUCGGAUACGAACCCGAUGCCGCGAUUUUCACUACUCUCAUCAAGGGGCUUUUUUUAGAUCAUAAGGCUAUUGAGGCAGAGAAGCUCUUCAACAAGCUGUUAGAUGAUAAUAAAAUCUUUGAGCCUUGUCAAGUUACUUUCUUUGUUCAUGGGCUAUGCAAAGCAGGGCACACUGUGACAGCGUGUAAUUAUAUUGAUCUGUUGGCUGAAAAGGGUUGCAUUGUUAGGUAUUAUGCGUAUAAUGCUCUCGUCGAUAGUUUAUGCAGGGGCGGGAUGGUUGAGGAUGCGAUACUGGUACUGCGCAGAAUGAUUGACCGGGGUGUUAUGCCAAGUACUGUCACGUAUACCUCGAUUGUUCAUGCGAUGUGUUGGGUCGGUAGAUGGGAGGAUGUGCGAGUUUUGCUACGUGAAAUGUUUGAUAAGAAGGUUUUUAUUAACGUGAUCACUUUUACUGCAUUGGUGAACAUGCUUUGCAAGAAUGGUAGGGUGGAAGAGGCGGAGGAUCUUGUGGAAAUUAUGGUGCAACAAAAUGUUAGUCCUGAUGUCUACACUUAUAAUGCCUUGAUAGAUGGAUACUGCUCUCACGGGAAAAUGGAUAAGGCGAGGGAGUUAAUUGAUUCUCUCGCGGAAAAGGGCAUUAAGCCUAAUAAUGUGUUUAGCUAUGGUAGUUUGAUCAACGGGUAUUGCAAGAACGGAAACUUAGAUGAAGCUAAGCGUGACUCUCUGGAUGUUCCUGGGAAAGGUCCACAGAAUACAAGUGGUCAUUAUAGCUCUAUGAUAAAGGAGUUGUUGUGUGAAGACAGAUUUUCAGAUGGGUGGAAGCUCUUUAGUGAUAUGGAAGCUCAGGGAGUUCAUCCGGAUAUUUUUACAUGUAGUAUCUUGCUGGCUGGCUUGUGCAAGGCUCAUCGUAUUGAUGAUGCAAUUUCAUUAGUGCGCGCGAUGGAAGAACGGGGAGAUACACCCAAUAUAAUCACGUACGAUAUCCUUAUCUGUGGCUUGUGUAAAGAAGGAAGACAGGACCUUGCAAGAGGUAUUUUUAAUGAACUUCCUUCCAAAGAUAGUCCAGAGACCAUAAGAAUGGCAUGGCUGACUAACAAUGCUAAAGCGUAUAACCAUAAAAUUAAACACUAA